AUGCUCAGUUCAGUGUGCGUCUGGUCGUUCCGCGGGAGCCAGGGGACCGGCAAGCAGCAGCCUCAGCCGGUGCCAACGCCGCAGCCGCCUGAGUCCUCACCGCCGCCUCUGCCGCCGCCGCCGCAGCAGCAGUGCGCUCAGCCCGGCACUGCCGCCUCCCCGGCGGGUGCCCCGCUUUCCUGCGGGCCUGGGGGCCGGCGUGCCGAGCCAUGCCCCGGGCUGCCGGCGGUGGCCAUGGGGCGGCACGGCGGCGGCGGCGGCGACAGCGGUAAGAUCGUGAUCAACGUGGGCGGCGUGCGCCAUGAGACGUACCGCUCCACGUUGCGCACCCUGCCAGGGACCAGACUGGCCGGGCUGACCGAGCCCGAGGCGGCCGCGCGCUUUGACUACGACCCGGGCACGGACGAGUUCUUCUUCGACCGUCACCCGGGCGUCUUCGCCUACGUGCUCAACUACUACCGCACCGGCAAACUGCACUGCCCGGCCGACGUGUGCGGGCCGCUCUUCGAGGAGGAGCUGGGCUUCUGGGGCAUAGACGAGACGGACGUGGAGGCCUGCUGCUGGAUGACCUACCGCCAGCACCGUGACGCUGAGGAGGCACUGGACUCCUUCGAGGCCCCGGACUCCUCGGCCAACGCCAACGCCAACGCCGGAGGCGCGCACGAUGCGGGACUGGACGACGAGGCGGGCGCAGGAGGCGGCGGCCUGGACGGGACAGGCGGCGAGCUCAAGCGUCUGUGUUUUCAGGACGCGGGCGGAGGUGCCGGAGGACCUGCCGGGGGCGCGGGCGGCGCGGGCGGCACCUGGUGGCGGCGCUGGCAGCCCCGUGUGUGGGCGCUUUUUGAGGACCCCUACUCGUCGCGGGCUGCCAGGUAUGUGGCCUUCGCCUCCCUAUUCUUUAUUCUCAUCUCCAUCACCACCUUCUGCCUGGAGACACACGAGGGCUUCAUCCACAUCAGCAACAAGACGGUGACGCAGGCCUCCCCAAUCCCUGGGGCUCCCCCGGAGAAUAUCACCAACGUGGAGGUGGAGACGGAACCCUUUUUGACCUACGUGGAAGGCGUGUGUGUGGUCUGGUUCACCUUUGAGUUUCUUAUGCGGGUCACCUUCUGCCCAGAUAAGGUGGAGUUUCUCAAAAGCAGCCUGAACAUCAUCGACUGUGUGGCCAUUUUGCCCUUCUACUUGGAAGUGGGCCUGUCAGGUCUCAGCUCCAAAGCUGCCAAGGACGUGCUGGGCUUCCUGCGUGUCGUCCGCUUCGUGCGCAUCCUUCGUAUCUUCAAGCUGACCCGUCACUUCGUGGGGCUGCGUGUGCUGGGCCACACGCUCCGGGCCAGCACCAACGAGUUCUUGUUACUCAUCAUCUUCCUGGCUCUGGGGGUCCUCAUCUUUGCCACCAUGAUCUACUAUGCCGAACGCAUCGGGGCUGAUCCUGACGACAUCCUGGGCUCCAACCACACCUACUUCAAGAACAUCCCCAUCGGCUUCUGGUGGGCUGUGGUCACCAUGACGACACUGGGCUAUGGAGACAUGUAUCCCAAGACGUGGUCUGGGAUGCUAGUCGGGGCACUGUGUGCCCUGGCUGGUGUGCUGACCAUUGCUAUGCCCGUGCCUGUCAUUGUCAACAAUUUCGGCAUGUACUAUUCACUGGCUAUGGCCAAGCAGAAAUUGCCAAAGAAGAAAAACAAACAUAUCCCCAGGCCCCCGCAGCCUGGCUCACCCAACUACUGCAAGCCCGACCCCCCGCCUCCACCCCCACCACACCCCCACCACGGCAGCGGUGGCAUAAGCCCACCGCCGCCCAUCACCCCUCCUUCCAUGGGGGUGACUGUGGCCGGGGCCUACCCACCUGGACCCCACACGCACCCCGGGCUGCUCAGGGGUGGUGCUGGGGGCCUGGGAAUCAUGGGAUUGCCUCCUCUGCCAGCCCCUGGUGAGCCCUGCCCAUUGGCUCAAGAAGAGGUGAUUGAAACCAACAGGGCAGGCAGUGACUUGGGUGUCCUGGAGGAAGGAGUAGACCCCCGUCCCAAUGGAGACCCUGCGGCAGCUGCACUGGCCCAUGAGGACUGCCCUGCCAUCGACCAGCCAGCCAUAUCUCCAGAAGACAAGAGCCCGAUCACUCCCGGAAGCCGGGGUCGCUACAGCCGGGACCGAGCUUGCUUCCUUGUCACAGACUAUGCCCCUUCCCCUGAUGGCUCCAUCCGAAAAGCCACUGGUGCUCCCCCACUGCCCCCCCAUGCUGGCAUAAGCCAGGCCCCCCAAGCUUCUUGCCCGACCUCAACGCCAACGCAGCAGCCUGGAUAUCCCCCUAGUGGACGAGCCCCUUCCCCCCCAGGCUCUUGUCACCGCCUGAGACCUCGCGAGACCCUCGGGUUCCCCCUGUCCCUUCCCCCCAGGUUACGAGAAGUCCCGCAGCCUGAGCAGCAUUGUGGGCCUGAGCGGGGUGUCCCUGCGCCUCGCGCCCCUCGCCACUCCCCCUGGCUCUCCCCGGGCCACGCGCCGAGCUCCCCCGACCCUGCCCUCCAUCCUCUAGCGCAACCCUCCCCCCCUGUGGGGGGACUGGGGGUGAUGGGAAGGUGAAAAGGAGCUGGGAG